GAAAACCUGUAAAGGCAACAGCUGACCCGGAUUGCGGCUGUGCUGUGUGCCCGUGUUUGCGGAGCUUGAAAAAACGACGCUGCUGAUCAGUAAUCUCUACUUUCUCUUCUUCCCCCCAUUCUGCCGUAGAGGCUUUUCAGCCAACCUAGAUAUCGCCCAUAGAGCGUUCUUUGUCCUGUUAGCCUUGUCCGCAAUCACCAGAGAUCACCUCUUAACGCAUUUCCCACUCUCAAGAAUCUAGAAAUGCCCGCUGCUACCCCGCUCCCGCUUCCCUCAAGGACUUCGACGUCCAGAGCCUUUUGGUGCCGACAAAGCCAGCCGUGACGCAUCGGCCGCCUCGCUUGCUGCGCUCGCCCAAAAGCAGGGUCCCUCCGCCCUCACUGGCGUCACGGAUGCCAUCAUCAAGGCUCUCGGCGACAAAAAGUCUCCCGCUGCCCGCGAGGGUGCCGCAGACGCCGUCAAGACGCUCGCCAAGGAAGGCGGCGUCAAGGCCCUCGAGCCCACUUUCAUCAGCUCUGGGUUGUACGCCGCACUCAUUGAGGGCUUCGCCGACAAGUUGCCGCCCGCUGCCCGGACAGCGGCUGUCGAGGCUGUCCGCGAGUACGUCGCUGCCAUGAACCCAUGGGCCUCGCCCAACGUUCUCCCCGCUCUUCUUCACGAAAUCAAAACCGCCGGCAAGUGGCAGAUCAAGACCGGUUCACUGGUCGUCCUGAACCAGCUCGUCACCAGCGCACCGACGCAGAUGGCUAAGCUGACGCCCGAGAUCGUGCCUGUCCUUUCUGAGGCCAUCUGGGACACCAAGACCGACGUGAAGAAAGCCGCCCGUGAUUCGCUCACGAAGACUACGGCUCUCAUUUCCAACAAGGACAUUGAACGCUUUAUUCCGGCGCUUAUCAACGCUUUGAUUAAUCCCGUCGAGGAGGUUCCGAACACCAUCGCCCUCCUCUCGGCUACCACUUUCGUUUCUGAAGUAGAUUCCCCGACUCUCUCCCUCAUGGUUCCUCUGCUGUCUCGGGGUCUGACCGAGAAGCUUACCGCCACCAAGCGGAAGGUCGCUGUCAUCAUUGACAACAUGGCCAAGCUUGUCGACUCGGCCGUCACUGUCCGACCUUUCAUUCCCAAGCUGCUUCCGGUCUGCUGAAGGUCGAGACAACCAUCGGUGACCCUGAAGCCCGGGUGUCGUCAACAAGGCCAUCGCGACCCUUCGCCAGGUCGGAGAGGUCCCUGCUGCCAGCGACGGUUCGGACUUGCCUCCUUUGAAGGUCGCUGAUGCCGCUGGUCUCGGCGCAUCUCUCGGUGCCAUCUACAAGAAGCUCAACGGCACAAUCGACCUCAAGGACGUCUCGGCUGUCUACGCUGCUACGCUCGCUUCCAACCUCGUCAACCAGCGCAACUUCGAUGUCCCUGAGUGGGACCUGCUCGCACCGUACUUGGCUGCGGUCACCACCACUCCGGAUGCCAUCACGGUCGCACGUGAGUGGGUCGUCAAGUCCGCUGUCGAGGGUGAGGACGAUGGUGCCGUCGAAGACGAUGAGGAGGAGGGCGAGGACCUGUGUAACUGCCAGUUCUCGCUCGCCUACGGAGCCAAGAUCUUGCUCAACACCGCCACCCUCCGCCUCAAGCGUGGACACCGUUACGGUCUGUGUGGUAAGAACGGAACCGGAAAGUCGACGCUCAUGCGUGCUAUCACGAAUGGCCAAGUCGAGGGUUUCCCCUCCCCCGACGAGGUCCGCACAUUCUACGUCGAGCAUGAUAUCGAUGGCAGCGAGGAAGACACCUCUGUCCUCGAGUUCAUCCUGUCUGACAAGCGUAUCCUCGCCACUAAGGAGGAGGUCAUUGACAGUCUCGCCUCUGUCGGCUUCAACGACGCUCGUCAACAGCACGCUAUUGGCAGUCUGUCUGGUGGAUGGAAGAUGAAGCUCGCGCUUGCCCGUGCCAUUCUCUUCCGUGCCGACAUCCUGCUGCUCGACGAGCCGACUAACCACUUGGAUGUCAUCAACGUCGCAUGGCUCGAGAACUACCUCACUGGUCUCAAGACCUGCACUUCCAUCAUCGUCUCGCACGACUCCAGCUUCCUCAACAACACCAUCACCGACGUCCUGCACCUGAACCGCUUCAAGCUCAGGAGGUAUCGCGGCAACCUGGAGAAGUUCGUCGCCACGGUGCCGGAGGCCAAGUCGUACUACACACUGCAGGCCGCCGAGGACUACCGCUUCAAGCUCCCGGAUCCUCCUCUCUUGGAGGGUGUCAAGACCAAGGAGAAGUCGCUGCUCAAGAUGCGGAAAGUCGGCUUCCAGUACCCGACGCAGCAGGUGCAGCAGUUGUUCGACAUCUCGCUGCAGGUCUCGCUCUCCUCGCGUGUCGCUGUGCUCGGCCCGAACGGUUCCGGCAAGAGUACGCUCGUGAAGCUGCUGAUCGGUGACAUGGAGGCCAACAAGGGUGGCGAGAUCUGGAAGCACCCGAACUUGGUCAUCGGCUACGUCGCCCAGCACGCGUUCCACCACAUCGAUCACCACCUGGACAAGACCGCGCUCGAGUACAUGUUGUGGCGUUACCAGACCGGUGAAGAUUUGGAGGAGAUGACCAAGGCCAACCGUAUCAUCUCCGAGGAGGAGGCGCAGAAGAUGAAGGACGGAUCUGCCAUCGUCAUCGAGGGCAACAAGCGCCUGAUCGACGAGAUCGUUGCCCGCAAGAAGCUCAAGCAGUCGUACGAGUACGAGGUCACACUUAAGGGCAUGUCCUCCUCCGAGAACAUCUGGCUUCCCCGUGAUGAGCUUAUCAAGCGUGGUUUCGAGAAGAAAGUGCUUGAGGUCGACACCCGUGAGGCACAGCGUCUUGGAUUGCUGCGACCGCUCGUCCGUCGCGAGAUCGAGAAGCACUUUGCUGACUUUGGUCUGGAGCCGGAGUUCGUCUCGCACAACACGAUGCGUGGUCUGUCCGGUGGUCAGAAGGUCAAGAUCGUGCUCGGCGCUGCUACAUGGCGUCGUCCCCACGUCAUCUGUCUCGAUGAGCCUACCAACUACCUUGAUCGUGAAUCGCUCGCUGCCCUUAUCGAGGCGCUCAAGGUCUUCGAGGGUGGUGUCCUGAUCAUCACGCACAACCGGGACUUCUCCGAGUCGAUCUGUUCUGAAGUCUGGGCCAUGCGUGACGGGCGUCUGGAGGCAUCUGGCCACAACUGGGUUGAGGGCCAGGGCUCUGGACCCCGUAUCGACAAGGCUGAUGGCGAUGAGGAGGUCCAGUACGAUGCGAUGGGUAACAAGAUCGAGGUCAAGAAGGUCAAGAAGAUCAGCGCGUCCGAGGCUAGGAAGCUCAAGAAGGAGCGGAUGGCACGGAAGAAGCGUGGUGAGGAUAUCACUGACGACGAGCUCUAAUCGCUGCCGCCGGUUGUUUCAUGUUCUAUUAUCCCUCUGUCCAUGUUUCUGUUGUUCUUUACGCUCAAUGUUUCCGUACGCCGCAUCGCAUGUAUCCUGUCUAACGUAUUCGCCAUCGUGCGGGAAUGAAUCUACUACACACUUUCUAUGUUUCUCACUUGGCCACGCUAUCUGCUCUUUGAAAGGAUGAAAGGAUGAAUGCUGCUCAGCUGACUUGGGUUCUAAACUUGAAUGUAGCAGCGGUACUACUAUAUAAAAGAACCUGCCAGGGGGUGAGACGACGCACUGUUGUCUGUCGAAACCAUGCGCUUCACCGCCCUGU